AUGGGCCUCCUAGCCCUCAGCCUCCUGGCUUCGUCCGCCUUUUCCUCAUCCAUCGUGCAGAACGCGCCUUCAAAGCCAAAGGCUAUUGCUCGUCCAAAAGGCUGUCUUGUUCGUUACCGCGUUACUCUAGGCGAUGACUGCGUCCACAUUCGCGACUCUCAUCCCGAUUCUUUUACUCUGGACCAGCUUUUCCAGUGGAAUCCAGACAUCAAUGACUCUUGCACGAACUUGCAGCCGGGUGAUGUGCUCUGCAUUCAGAGAUUGAAAUUGCAGGAGUGUCCGACGCCUACGCCUACGCCUACGCCUGCGGUUGUUAUCUGA